GAGCAGCAGCGGCAGCGGUAGCAGCAGCAGCCGCACCCUGGCGAACAGCAACAGCAGCAGCAGCAGCAGCAGCACAACACAACUGUGCCUUGGAGGAGGGCAGUUGCAGCCGGUGCAACGCUUACAACAAGAUGGAUACUUGUCGCUGCUCUUGGCCUAACGGCUGCAGCAGCAGCUGCAGCAGCAGCUGCAGCGGCAGCUGCAGCAUCACCUGCAGCAGCAGCAGCAAGCCCUCCUGCUUCACUCUUGCAGCCUCCGGUGCCAGGCGAGUGGCGACGUGGCGCGUUUGCAAGCGCUGCAGACAUUUGA